CCGUCGCAGUGUUUCACGUCAUGCUCCCUCUAAUUACAUUGUUCCAUUUCACGGAAUUGCCGGCAUCACUCAAUGAAAUACAAUUAUUGAUUGCACUCUCUCCUACCUCUCCCUGUCCCUCCUACUUCUCUCUCUCUCUUUUCUUUCCUGAAGUACUGCAGGGAGAGAACAGCAUCGAAAAAACACCGGCAGACAGCAACUACCUCAGUUCUACAGUGGGACACCAGCAAAUUUACAUUCACAAGACACAAGCAACUCGCCUGGUGCAAUGGCUAACAACCAGCGAAAUCCACUUUUCCUCUCUCCUUAAACAACGCUUCCACAGCUUGAUCAAUGAACACCACAGCCAGUGAGGGUAACUUCCUGUGGUGACUGCAGACUUCAGGGUUUUCCCUGUUGAAUCUCCAGACCCACCACUCUGAUCUGCUCCCAAACCUCUCUGCCGGAUUCCAUCCAUCUCCCUCCGCACUCUUCCUACCCCCUUGUACUCCCACCCCUGAACGUCCAUCAGAGCUAAAAUGGACGACAGCUACGAAAACAGGACUUCCUUAGUGAAGGGGGCCAAAGACAUCGCCAAGGAGGCCAAGCGGCACGCUGUGAAAAAGGUCAACAAGGUCGUGGACAGCACCACAGACGAGUACUCCCAGCGCAAAUACAGCCGUUUCGAGGACGAGGUGGACGAGGGGGACGACUUUUACCGUAACCCUCCCAGGCAGGACGGAGGCUACAAUGACAACGACCAGGCCAGUGAUGCCAGCGACGCCACAGAGGGCCAUGAUGACGAAGAUGAGAUCUACGAAGGGGAGUACCAGGGAAUCCCAGCGGCCGGAGACAGGCGGGCCAGGGAGGGGCAGGUGGCUCUGGGGCAGCCCGUCACAGACAGCCUGAAAGACCGUAAGGAGCUGGAGCAGGAGAGGCAGGCGGACGAGGAGGAACUCGCCCAGCAGUAUGAGCUGAUCAUCCAGGAGUGUGGCCACGGCAGGUUCCAGUGGCAGCUGUUCUUGGUGCUGGGCCUGGCCCUCAUGUCAGAUGGGGUGGAGGUGUUCGUGGUGGGGUUCGUUCUACCCAGCGCCGAGACGGACAUGUGUGCUCUGGGUGGCUCCAACUCCAGAUCUGGAUGGCUAGGCAGUAUUGUGUACCUGGGGAUGAUGGUGGGGGCGUUCUUCUGGGGGGGCAUGUCGGACAAGGUGGGCCGCAGACAGUGUCUGCUCAUCUGCAUGUGUGUGAACGGCUUCUUCGCCUUCCUGUCCUCCUUCGUUCAGGGUUACGGCAUCUUCCUSUUCUGCCGCAUGAUCGCAGGCUUUGGAACAGGGGGGGUUGUACCCAUCGUCUUCUCCUUAUUUGCGGAGGUGCUGUCCAGAGAGAAGAGAGGGGAGCACCUGAGCUGGCUCUGCAUGUUCUGGAUGAUUGGCGAGAUCUAUGCUUCAGCCAUGGCCUGGGCCAUUAUACCACACUACGGCUGGAGUUUCAGUAUGGGUUCUGCCUACCAGUUCCACAGUUGGAGAGUGUUUGUGGUCGUCUGCGCCCUGCCCUGCGUUUGUGCUGUCGUGGCUCUCACUUUCAUGCCCGAGAGCCCCAGGUUUUACCUGGAGGUGGGGAAGCACGACGAGGCUUGGAUGAUCCUCAAGCAGAUCCAUGACACCAACAUGCGAGCGCGUGGGCAGCCGGAGAAAGUCUUCACCGUGAACAGAAUCAAGAUCCCCAAGCAUUUGGAUGAGCUGGUGGAGAUCAAAUCAGAGUCGGGGAACCCAGUCUCCAAGGCCCUCUUCAGGUCCAAGACAGAGCUAUGUGGGAUCUGGGUUAACUUUAUGAAGUGUUUCGACUACCCUCUGAAAGAAAGCACUAUCAAGCUAGCUAUUGUUUGGUUUACGCUGUCAUUUGGGUACUACGGCCUGUCUGUGUGGUUCCCUGACGUCAUCAAGCACCUCCAGGCAGAUGACUACGCCUCCAAGGUGAAGAUCCACAGCAACGAACGCAUCGAGGACUUCACCUUCAAUUUCACCAUGGAGAACCAGAUCCACACCAAUGGUGUCUUCAUCAACGACAGAUUUGUUAAUAUGAAGUUGAAGUCCAUCACCUUCAUUGACUCAACCUUCCGUAACUGCUACUUUGACGACGUGACGUCYGUGGGAUCCUACUUCCGGAACUGUACCUUCAUCGAGGCGUUCUUCUACAACACUGACAUCGAUGACUCCAAACUGAUAGAUGGCACAGAGGUGAUCAACAGCACGUUUCACCACAACAAGACGGGCUGUCAGAUGACAUUUGACGACGACUACAGCGCCUACUGGGUCUACUUCAUCAAUUUCCUUGGAACUCUGGCUGUUCUGCCCGGCAACAUCGUCUCGGCACUGCUCAUGGAUAAAAUCGGACGCCUUUCCAUGUUAGGUAUGUCAAUGGUUCUGUCAGGGAUCAGUUGUUUCUUCCUGUGGUUCGGCACCAGUGAGUCGAUGAUGAUCUUCAUGCUGUGCCUUUACAACGGCCUGAGCAUAUCAGCCUGGAACUCACUGGACGUGGUCACCACAGAGUCCUUCCCUACAGAUAGAAGAGGGACAGGUUUUGGGUUCUGUAACGCCUUGUGUAAGCUGGCUGCAGUGUUGGGAAACCUGAUCUUUGGUUCUCUGGUUGGCAUCACCAAGUCCAUCCCCAUCCUCCUGGCCUCAUCUGUGCUGGUGUGUGGAGGCCUGGUGGGGCUCCGGCUGCCUGAUACCAGGGCCAACGUACUCAUGUAGCCCCAGGAAGGACCACCUGGCCUGUGGAAGACUUGGGCCAAACCUGGUGCAAAGGGUUUGCUUCAAACAUGUCCUAUGGAUGUUUGAGAUUUGAUUUGAUUUGCUUAUUGUGGUCUCAAAGGGAGUUCAAUUGCAUAACCCCCCACCCCCACCCCAUAUCGCUACGAAACAGUAUAUCUACUUUCACUUUAUCAAUUUAUGUAUGUACAAGACACAACCCAAGCUCCAGACCAUCUGCACAAUUCCCUGGUGUCAAAGGGAAACUCCUAUUUAUUGUUGAAUGUAAUAUUUGGGGAUAUCACAACGCCCCUUCCAGGAUGGAAUGAUGUCACUCAAUAUUUUCAUGUUAUUUCAUCAUGAUAUAAUCAUAAUAGUUAGUGGGGUAGAUAUUUUAGUGAAGCUUGUGGUGAGCAUUGUUCAGGGGAAUUGAUGGUCAGUUGUUCAUGACUGAUUGAUGGCCGGGCCAUUGCCUGUGGAUUAGGUCCAUCCAUCCCCGUAUAGUACUGGCUGUGAAGGGAACUACUGUAUGUGGGUCCUGUAGUUGGCUGAAGUAGACUCUAGAUCAGUGUCAUUGGCUGUUUGCUAUGAGCUGGCUUUUGAAGUCAGGACUGAGUUAGUGCUAUGUGAGUUGUAUAGAUGUCAGUAGCGCCUGUUGCGUUGUAUCAUAUGAGCAGUAGCUUCCAGGCAUGUUAGUCUGGAGUCAUUGCAGGGGCAGGGUUAGUGCUGUACAUAUGAAUGUGUUCAUAUUAGGCCAGGACAGAUGGAGGAGAGAGGAGAAAACAAGCUGUUCUGAGCACAGCCACCCUGCAGUGGGAGAGAUGGGGGAAUAGAUGAUCAGAAAGACUGGAGACCACACAGCUGCAACACAGCUGGCCUAGACAGACAGACAGACAGACAGACAGACAGACAGACAGACAGACAGACAGACAGACAGACAGACAGACAGACAGACAGACAGAACCGGAGAGAAGAACAAGGGUAUCUGGGCCACCGAGUGUAGAUGGAUCUUUGUCAGGCUUGAUGUGUUCUCACAUAAUGUUUCACUUGUAAUGUCUGCUGGAUUACGCACAUAAACCUGAACUGUCAACCA